CACACCUUGUAUUUCUCACGCUGAAAAAAUAAGAAAACCUUUCCCACUCUAUACAAUUAAUGAACAAGGCACAGGAGAGAAGUUCUACGCCGAGUUCAUAUCUGUCGAGCCGCGGACACGGUCACACUAGACAUCCUGAUAUAAUUGUCACCUACCAGCCAAUCAGAAAUCAGAAUUUGUUGUUUCUGGGUAAAUUUCGUGAUCCUGCUGCAAGCACAUUCGUUACUAGGCAACAUAGAUUCUCACGUCACACAGACGAAGUGGCAGUUGGAAGAGAAGAAUCCGAUGAAAGCGGUAGGUAACGCAUUCUUUUUUAUAGCAAUUUGAUUUAACGAUUCUUGGAUGACAUCACAAAAAUGUGAUCAAAGAUAAUAAAAACUGUUGUUGGGAAAUAUAGCCGAGGUAAAUUAUUAUUGAUUAAAAAAAUCGAACUGCUUUGCAAUCAGAAUUAGCUUUAACUUUAGGAAAGUACUAAACACUAGAGGCUACCUGAAACAAUCCCAGGUGAAAAAUAUUAUAGGAAAUACUAUAGUGUUUUUGAACCAUACUAUAGUAAAUUUUAGUAUAUUAUAGUAUUUACAACACUUUGUUAAUGAUUGCUACAGCAUACUCUGUAUUAACUAUAGUAGUGAACUGAUAAACUGUAAUAAAUACUCUAACGUUAGUAUUCUUUAGUUUAUACUACAGUAAUCUGUAGUGUAUAUUCUAGUAUAUUAUACCCUAUAGUUGUAGACAAUGUAGUACAGUAUUGGAUAAAGUAAUACGUUUAUAUUACUAUAGUUGUUAUGUUAUCACAGCAACUAUAGAAUUACCACAACAAAAUAAUUCAAGUACAUUACUAUAGUACGGGUCAAAAACACUAUAGUAUUUACUAUAAAUUACUAUAGUAUUUUUUUCACCUGGGAAUGGAAAGGACAAGAUAUUUCAUUUUCAUUUAUUUCAUUAUUUUCAAAUUAUACUUUAUUCAUACUCUUUUUAGCUAUUCAGCUAUACUCUGGCUUUUAUUUUAGUAAUGUUUAUAUCCUGCCAAUGUAUACAUUAAUCAUUGCAUUUAUCUGUUUAAAAGAUGUCAGGGAAAAAGCAAAGAAGUAUUUUUUCAUUCUGGGCACCAAAGGGUCAGCCCCCUAUAAAGGUUGCCAGAUCAGAGGAGACAGUGGAAGAUGUGGUGGCAGAGACUACAAGAAAAACAGUAGGGAAGAAAUCAGAAGAGAACAGAGAGAAUAUAGCUGAAGAGGUGGUGGCAGAGACUACAAGAAAAACAGUAGGGAAGAAAUCAGAAGAGAACAGAGAGAAUAUAGCUGAAGAGGUGGUGGCAGAGACUGCAAGGGAAACAGUAGGGAAGAAUGUAGAAGAGACAAGAGAGAACACAAUCGAAGAUAUCAUAGAUGAGACAGUGGAUGAGUCUGUGGACAACACAGGAAAGAAGAAAGCAUUAAGUGGAGCAGCCACCUAUAGGUGUACUUUUAAAAGUGAGUGGUCAGCCAAAUGGCCAUUCAUUACCCUAGGCACCACCAGCUCCUACUACUGGUGCUCUGUUUGCAGACAGGAGAGCUCAUGUGCCCAUCAAGGUGUGACAGAUGUAAACAGGCACAUUAAAAGUAAAGGCCAUAAGGCCAAAGAACAGGCACUUCAGUCAACAAGUGGCAUUGCACAGUUUUAUGCUCCAGCUUCUGUUGGUGGUAUGACAGCACAAGAGGCCAAGACAAGGAGAGCUGAGGUAAAGGUGGCUGUUGCAAUGGUCCAACAUAAUGUGCCAUUUGCAGUAGCAGAUCAUUUCAGCCCGCUGUUGAAGGAGUGCUUUAAAGAUUCCACCACUGCACAGAAUUUCAAGUGUGCGAGCACCAAAGCAACAUGCAUUAUCAAUGAAGCAGUGGUACCGCAUUUUAGAAAUGAGUUGGUGACAAAGAUGAGGGAAAAUCCUUUUACAUUGAUCACAGAUGGGUCAAAUGAUACAGGACAAGAGAAGAUGAACCCACUCACUGUGCGGAUAUAUGAUAGGGACACUAGCAAAGUUGUCCAUAGGUUUUUGGAUAUGUGCACCACCAGUGGCCGUAACUGUGGCACAGCUGAAGUGAUUUAUCAAAAGAUAAAUGAGGCCUUGCAGAAAAAUGUCAUACCAUGGGGAAACUGUGUAAGUCUGUCUAUUGAUAAUGCACCAGUGAAUACAGGAGCAAAAAAUUCUAUUGCAUCAAGAAUUUUGAAUGAAAAUGGAAACAUUUACAUCCAUGGGUGCCCCUGCCACAUAAUUCACAACACGGCCAAACAUGCUGGGCAGAGGUUUUUGGAAGUAUCUGGAUUUGAUCCAGAGGAUCUGUGUGUGGAUGUUGGAUACUGGUUUAGGGGAAGUACCAACCGUAAAGGAUACCUAUCAGAUGAGAAACAACCAAGGUUCCGAAGGCUGAUGGAUGCAUUUUCCAACCCACUAACGGAAGUGUACCUCCUCUUUUAUCAGGCUACAUUGCCAGCCUUCUCCACCUUGAACCUCCUCCUCCAGAGAGAGAGGUCAUCCAUCUUUCUUCUCCAUGAAGAGAUGACAAAAUUUGUUCGCAAGUUGUGCUCAAGGUUUCUAAAGCCAGUACCACUACAGUGUCGAGAUUUGCAUGACAUCCACUACAAGGACCCAGCAAACCAACUGCCAGGAGAAAAGCUGAAUGUUGGAUUUACAACUAGGGCUACGCUCAACCGGCUCCUUGAUACAGGAGAUGUAACACCUCAACAUGUGCAGAGGUUCCAAAAGGCAGCACUGGCGUUUCUAGUGAGGGCGGUGGAAUAUGCACUAGAAAAACUACCCCUGAGAGAGGCACUACUCAAGCAUGCCAGAUUUGUGGAUGUCCAGCAGAGGACAGAGUGUGGCAUUGAAGAUGCCUUAUACUUUGUUGACAGGUUUGCUGAAUUGCUUCCAUACCAGGGACCCCAAGAGCAUGAUCAACUUAGUGAGGAGUUCCUCGAAUAUCAAUUGAUGGACAUCACUAUGCCCCAAGACCCAUCCACUUUUGACAUUGAGGGUUUUUGGGGAAAUAUGACAUCAGUAAAGAACAGGGUGACUGGAUUAAGCAGAUUUGGAAGGCUGUCCAAGAUUGCCAAACUGGUUUUAGUUCUUCCCCACUCAAAUGCAGAUGCAGAGAGAGUGUUUUCCAUGGUUGGUUUGAACAAAACCAAAACUAGGAAUAGUUUGGCUCUGGAUGGAACACUCUCUUCCAUCAUGAUGGUGAAAAUGGCAAGCAUUGAACCACAGUGCUUUAAGUGGGAGCCGCCUACCUCUGUAAUCAAGGCCUCAAAACAUGCAACAAACACUUACAAUAUAAAACAUUCAUAAACCAAAUGUACUCUCUCACACAUGCUCACACAAACACACCUUGUAUUGUAAGUAUGCUCAGGGCAAGUUCUGCAAUGUUGCUGUUCAGUUGGCUCAU